AUGAAUAUGUUGGAUGAUGAAGAUGACCAAAGCUUUCACGCUACGCGUGACGGCUACUCCCAUUUGAGCGAUGUCGAAUGGGAUGCGGUUGAACGAAUGGGUUCGACCAUGGGCAUCCAUGCUGUUAGCGUCAUGCUAGAGGCUCUCAAUAGAGAUGCCCAACAUGCUACUAUCGCCAAGUUCAUUCAAAAUGAACUUGACGCAGAACGCGAGAAAGUAGCCUUGCUUCACCAACAAGGUUCUCAACAAGCAGAGUUGUUGAGAGAACAAGGUGCUCAACAGUUUGAACUGUUGAGACAGCAGCAGGCUGCUGCUGGCGGGUCGAUGCACUCGCGUCGGCCCGAGACUUUGAAGAUUGACAUCUCAAAGUAUAGGGGGGUCGAAGAAGACUCCCUCUUGAGAUGGUUCGUCGAAUUGGAUGACGCCAUAAGGGCGCGUCGCAUCGACGACGGGGAUAUGCAAGUUGCAUUUGCCCAGUCAAAUCUGGCAGGACGUGCCAAGACUUGGGCACUGAAGCUCAAGCAGGGUACGCGUGAUGUGCACGCUUACGCUCAACAUAUACGACAUCUCACGAGUUGUAUAAGUUCCAAUCCGGUGGAUGAAUACACGUUGGUUUCGGUGUUCAUGCAGGGUCUUGCGGAUGGUCCCGUCAAGACUCACCUGUUCCGGCUUGAACUAGAUUCACUAGAACAAGCCAUUUCAAUUGCGGAGCAGGAAGACUUCAGUCUGAGACAGGCUCGCGCCAGCUCGACAUCAUAUCGUCAACCGAGACGAUAUGACAACGGAGGUCCAGAGCCGAUGGAACUCUGUUAUGUAGAGAGCGAGAAGGCUCGCUCUACAGGCUACAAGAAGUUGCAGAGAUGCAACAGAUGUCAAAAGACAGGACACUACGCUUACGAGUGUAGUGCCCCUCGUCCAGUGUCUCGCGACACUGGGCGUAAUGACCGUCCACCCAUGAGAAAGGGGCAGGGACGAGGGUCCGCAGUUGGUGCAAAGACGCAACAACGGGAUGGACCGUCAAAAAACGGACAGGAUCAGUAG